AUGGUCAACCGCGGGCGCUCCAGAGGCUGCGUGACGUGCAAGCAACGCCGAUUUAAAUGCGACGAGGCGAAGCCGGAGUGCCGAGCGUGCCAGCGCCUUGAGCUGAGCUGCGGAGGCUACAACAGCCUCGAGUAUCCCAAAAUAAUGUUCAAAGACCAGAACCACAAGUUCUGCAACAAAACCAACCAAGUUGUUGGUUCUCAUGGCCGAGAUGUCUUGAAGCCUGCGACUAGCCCGAGUCGGUCAUCUAAGUAUGAUGUUCAGGACCGGGAGGUUGCGAGGGUUUUGACUUCGCGGCGGCUCUCUGAGCCCGACACCGCCGUGCCGUUCUUUCUCAGUCAUUAUGCCAGCAUGGGCCGCGAUAUGGGAUCCACGCGCGGGUUUUUUGAACUGCUCAUUCCAGCCUACCUCUCGCAGGGGGAAGAAUCGGCGCUCUCGCUCGCCGUGUCAGCGUUAGCUUCAGAGAUCUUGUCCAUGUGGCGGCAAGAUUCCAGCAGCUUCCGAUCCCCACGGAAGUCUUAUUCUCGGGCAAUCACACGUCUUCGGAUCGCAACACAAGAUCCCAUAGAGCGUGGUAAACCAGCAACCGUGUUAGCCGUGCUGGCGCUGCAGACGUACGAGAAUGCGUCUGCGAUAUACGAUCUUCGCCGGGCCUCGAGCAUGCACCACAAUGGCGCAUCGUCUUUGCUCUUGUUUGUGAACCCGGAUGACAUGGACGGGAUGGUGCGCGCCUAUCUACGAAAAUUUAUGUUACAUACCGAAGUUUCAACCGCGAUACGUCAGAAAAAGCCACUAAAGAAUAUUGCAUACUCGUGGCUUGGGAGCAAGGAUACGAUGGUUGUGGCAGAAACCCCCAGCUCAGCACUCGACGCCAUAGGGGCGUCCGUUGCCGAGUUGCAGGCUAGCUACACGCAGUUUGUGACGCAGGGUGGCUCCACGACGUCGUCGGAGCACACUAUAAAUGAGUGGAGGGUCGAGGCAAGGAGAGUUGAUGCAGAACUUCUGGCGUGGGCGGAAAACGUACCAGCUCACUGGAGACCGCUAAGGCUGAAAAGUGGUCGAGAUAUUGAUUCGUCCAUACCAACUUACCAGUCUGUCUGUGAGGUGUAUCCUUCCUGCCAAAUUGCCAGCAUUUGGAAUUUAUGGCGCUUCCAACGCCUCUUGCUGGCUAAGAUUAUAGUCGGCUCCCUCGAUGCAUUCUCGGAUCUGGGCCAUUCUGGUUUCGCAUGCGGGCGGUUCUUCGGCGACCCCAUAGAUUUCGCCAACUGCAAGCAAACGCUCCAAGAAAUGGUUGACAGCAUGUGUUACAGCAUACCCUUCCAUCUUGGCAACCGAACCACCCGGUCUAGUCUCACAGAUUUCACUGACCCGACAAUUUUUCUCCCCAGUCAGUACUCAUUGGAAGACGGGACGCGACUGGUCAGAGAUGGUCUCAAUGCGGGACUAUCGAGGGAAGACCACAGGCGCCAUGUUAUCGCACAGGGCCCGUGGCGCGCCAUGCACCCGCUCAGCCGCUUGUUAACCCUCUUUUCGGAAGAUCACGGUGAGGUGAUAGCGACCAUUCUUAGGCCUGGACAAAAGGAGUGGAUCCGCGACCAGUUCCUGCGUGUCGCCACGUUGCUGCAUCUUCCGUCGGAUCCGGGCAAUAACAUAGAGACAUCAAAAUCGCCGAGAAUGUCUACAGACGCCAAGGCGGAAUACCUGGCCAGGGAGAUUAGGCAGGGUGCAAUUCUUAUGAGUGGGCCGUAA